AUGUCUGAAUCGGAAUAUUCGGUGUUUGGCAAUAAGAAGAGGAAAACGCUCAGUUUGGAGUGUAAAAUCGACAUCAUAAACGAAUUCGAUGGCGGCAUGAAAAUUUGUGAAAUAGGAAGGAAGAUGGAUCUGGCUGAAUCGACGGUCAGAACGGUGAUAAAAGAUCGAGAACGAAUAAGAGCAGCCGUCGAAAGCGAUCAAUGUCUGAAUUCGAGUGUCAUUCGUCACGAGAUAUUCAAUAAGAUGGAGCGUAUGCUUAAAUCGUGGUAUCGCAGUCAGAUACGAAUGAACAAUCACUGUAUUGACCAGAGCACUGUAUGUCGCCAAGCCAAGUGGAUUUUCGAGAGACUGAAAGAGGAAGCCGGCGAAACGGCCAAAGAUGAAACAUUUCUUGCUAGCAACGGCUGGUUUAAUCGAUUCAAAAAUCGCUGUGAUUGGCUCAACAUCGCCGAAAACUCUGACGAGGUAUUGAGCGUCGAUAGUGAUUCUGGAUCGUCAUCUUUCUUGGACAAAUACAAAUUGGUGUGCCAAUAA